AAAAUCGAAACUGAUUUCGUGGCUACAACGGUCACGCAUGAGCGGAUGCAAAUGUAAAUUUUAGAAGCUGGAGCAAAAAUAAAUAGAAACAAAUUCUGUUGGUAUUGCUUUUUGUGCGUUAUAAAGAUUUGAACCAUGGACGUUGAACAAUCUUUUAGGGCUGUGGGAGCUUUUGGGAGAUAUCAAAUCUUAUGUUACACUUUACUUGCCUCCAUGCACAUUUACCUCGGCUUACAAAUGUUUCUGAUGGAAUUUAUUGCUCUUGCCCCAGAAAAGCUGGUAAAUGGACAGAAAAUACCAACAGAUAAAGCUACAACUAUUGUGGAUCAAUGGAAGUUACAAGACCGCAUGUGGAUAGUAGGGCUUAUCAAAUCUAUUUAUUUCUUGGGUGUUUUGCUGGGAAAUCUGUUCAUUGGUCAACUCUCUGACAAAUUUGGCCGAAAAGCAGUUUUAUAUAAAGUGUACAUUCUGCUCAUCUGCUUCUCAUUCUUCACAUUAUUUGCAAACAACUAUCAGACUCUCGCAGUUAUUCGGUUCUUUGUUGGCGUGUUUGUUGGUGGAACUGUUCUAGUUUCUUUCGUUCUCAUACAGGAACUGCUGGGUUCUUCAGUAUGGACCAUAUCAGGAAAUAUCUUGCCAGCAUUAUUUGCACUUGGUCUUGCUUUACUAGCAGGACUCGCUAGUGUCUUCAAAAACUGGCGUGAUCUUUGUAUUGUGACAUCUCUACCUGGGAUUAUUUUGUGCAUUGGUUCAUUCAUUAUACCAGAAUCUCCACGAUGGCUUUACUCUCAAGGAAGAAUUGCAGAAGCUGAACAAACCAUGCGUUACAUGGCACAGAAGAAUGGGGUUUCUUUCAAAGAAUGUAAUAACAUCAUUUUAAAACCAAAAGCAUCAUCUGGAAAAACUAAAUCUCAAUCAUACACAAUAAAAGACCUCUUCAUUACAAAACGGAUGGUGGUUAGAACAUUAGUUAUGGGAUAUCUAUGGUUUGUAUGCAGUUUUUCAUACUAUGGACUAACCAUGAGUUCCGGGCAUUUAUCAUCCAGUGUUUACACAAGUUUUGCUCUCUCUGGUUUGGUUGAAUUGCCUUCUUAUGUUAUAGGGGCAAUACUGAUCAACAGACACUGGGCUGGUAGAAAGAGAACUUUGGUUGGAAUGCUUCUUCUUGGUGGAAUAUUCUGUCUUUGUAUCAUGUUUAUGCCUCCAACUACAAAUGGUUCAUUUUCUGUUCGUAUGGGUUUUGCAUUGGGUGGCAAACUAGCAAUGUCAGCAGCUUUUUCCAUUGUUUACAUCUAUGCUACUGAGCUUUUUCCCACUGUUGUGCGUAAUGUUGGAAUGGGAACAUCAUCUGUAUGUGCGAGGGUGGGGGGUAUGUUGGCACCCCUGGUUAUUUCACUGACUCAGUUUGGAGCAUCUUUGCCUUACAUUGUGUUUGGUGUUGUAGCUGUGGUGGCCGGAUUCAUGACGUUACUUCUACCCGAAACUUUGAACCAACCAAUUCCAGACAACCUGCAAGAUGUAGAAGUAAACAUGUCAAAAGCCGGAAGAUAUCAACAUAAUGAUGUGCCUGAAGAUAAGAUUCAAUUGUUACAGCAUGAUGAAGAAACUGUGUAAUGGGCGAACCAAACUUUAGCACAAGACAAUUAAAAUAGACAAAUCAUUUUUUUAAAAUUACAAUUCCUAUCAGUGUCGCGUUGCAAAACUAAUAUGCGUUUACAUUUAUAGUUUAUACACACUUCUAUUAAUCAUUUUAAAGUUUUUAUUACCAUUUGUUUCAUUUGCACUGUAUAUUAUUGUGCCUUACCUUAUUCUUAAACCAAAGUGUUUCAGAUAUAUACAAAGACUAAAUAUUUAUGCACUUUUGUACAAGUUAGCACUAAAUCCAAACCAUUCCAAUAACAAAGUAAUAUAUUUUCAUUUUUUUUAUCAAUUAACAACUCGUUUAAAACUUCUACCUUUAACACAAACCGUGCCUUAACCCGUUAUUGAAACUCCUACUUUCACACAAAUCGUUUUAAAUAUUGGUGUGUUUUGUUUGUCGAGGUGGGUGAAGAGGAUUUUUUGAAGAUGUAAUUAGCUCGCAAUAUUUCUAACAGAAAUUCCUAAACUUUUGGCAAUGGAACCAUCUGACCCUAAAAUAAAACUUGUAAUCGUUUUCUGUUGGUUAUCAAGGCCGCACUAGCAAGGAAUUAUAAAACCCAUUGUAGUAAAAAUAACCGUCACCUAUAUAAGUUUGCUUAUAUACUAACUCUUUAUAACUUGUUGACUAAGGUUACACAAUACAUUAUUUGAUGUUGUUCGUUAAUGCACAAUUAUUAAUUAUUAUGAGAAAGUUGCAAUUAUAUAUCAAUUUUGGCUUAA